AUGACAGAAAGUUUAGAUGGAUGUAUAGAUGAUAUCAAUAGGGCGGUGGACUCCAUGUCUACGCUCUACUUCAAGCCACCAGGAAUGUUCCAUAAUGCCAUACUACAGGGAACUAGUGACAAGGCGAGCCUGAGGAAAGACAUCACAAGACUAAUUAAAGACUGUAACCACGACGAAGCGUACCUACUGUUUAAGGUCAACCCUGAAAAACAAUCUGUUUCACGAAGAGAUGGCAAAGAAGGAGUCUUUGACUACGUAAACAAAAGAGAUACGAAUAUGAAAAGGAAUAGAAGGCUGGGCAAGGCAGGAGAAAAGCCAAUUAUUCAUGUACCCAAGGAAGUUUAUUUGAAUAAGGAUCGUCAGGAUUUGAACAAUAAGAGAAGGAAAACUGUUACCACAAGUGGCGCUGGUUUGAAUAACUUCAUUUUCGAUACCGAUCUUAUAGGAUCCUCGCUCAUUUCUAGUUCAAGCUCAGGUACUUUCAAAGCGUUAUCCGCCGUGUUCAAAGAUGACCCACAAAUUCAGCGACUUUUAUAUGCCCUGGAAAAUGGAAGCGUGCUCAUGGAAGAAGAGUCCAAUAAUCAAAGAAGAAAAACCAUCUUUGUCGAAGACUUCUCCACCAAUCUAAUUCUCAAAGUUAUGGCAGAAGUAACUGAUUUAUGGCCGCUAACUGAGUUCAAGCAAGAUUACGACCAAUUAUAUCACAACUACGAACAGCUGUCCUCUAAAUUGGGAUUCAUCAAAAAGGAGGUUCUACUUCAAGAUGAUCGUUUAAAGACCAUGUCACAGUAUCAUCCUUCCUCCUCUCACGAUGUUGCCAGGAUUAUUCGCAAGGAAAAGGAUGAAAUUAGGCGGCUGGAAAUGGAGAUAGCUGACUUACAAGAGGAGGAAACCACUUCUACGUAA